GAGGGCAUCACUUGGAGCCAUGGUUGGGGUCAGGGUUGAGCUGCUGGUGCUGGUGCUGGUGCUGGUGGUGCUGACUGGGACUCUGCUGCCGGUUUCAGUACGGGGACAGGGGUGGGAGGUGAUUGAUGAUGAUGAUGAUGAUAAUAAUGAACAGCCAUACCCGUCGGAGCCGUGGAGUGAACCAGAAGGCGUUACAUCGACCAUUACAAUGACAGAUGACAGCAGUGACUUUGACAAUGAAGAUACAGAUCCUGAGGAUGCAUUUCCUGAAGUUGAAGGUGCCUCCACCAGUGAAAAUGCCAACUCUUUUGCUGACCAUGGAUUCCAGUUGGAAUUUGACGACACCCCUCCAAGAAACUGGGACGGCAGUAGUGAUGACUUCCCGGUGGAAUUUGUAUAUGCCCCUCCAAGGAGUUGGAGCGGCAGCACCUGUCCUAGUUCCUCUGGGUUAGAUGUGGUCUGCAGUGAAGUUGGCUUCCAGAUUACUGUGCGGACAGGCUCACUGAGUGACGUUAAAGUUUUGGGCUCAAAGGAACUGCUGUCUGUCGUGGAUGCUCAAGAGUCUUGUGGAUAUGAAGUUAACUUUGUCCAGAACACCUUGACUGUACCCUUCACUGGAUGUAAUGUGAAACAUACUGAUGGCUACAGCCUGCAGUUGUUGUUUGCCAAUGAGUUCGGUCAGACACAAGUUGCUACCGCAUCUUGUGAAAGUCCCAAGUUUGACUCUGGCCUCUUCCCUCGCUCCAGUGGCCAACCUAAAUCCUCAAAGUGCAAACCAACCCCACCAAACCCUCCAACAAAUUGUGCCGUCUCGUCUGCGGAGCGGGUGAUGUGUGGUUAUUCAGGAAUAUCUCCCUCAGAAUGUCAGAACUUGGGAUGCUGCACGGAUUCUAAUUCCUGCUACUACCCACUGGAUGAGUGCACUGGAGAUCAGCACUUUGUUUUCGCCAUUCGCGCCAGCUCGACGUCCACCCCUGUGGACCCCACCAAGCUCGUUAUUCCUGGGCAUCCAGAGUGUAAACCAGUCAUUGUUAAUGACAAGGUUGCCAUCUUUAAGUUCAAAGUUACAGAAUGUGGAGCUCGUUAUUAUGAAGUGAAAGGGGUGAAGAUCUACAUGGUUGAAGUGCAGAGUGUCGUUAAAGCCCUAAACCUCAAAUAUGGCAUCAUUACAAGAAGUGAUCCACUCAGGUUUCAGGUUGAAUGUCGCUACGGCCAAUCAGGGAGCCCUGCUAAGCAGUCAAUGGCCAGUGUUGGCUACAUGGUCAAGUAUCCGAGUUCUGUCAUGCCACAAUCAGUCCUCUCCAAUGGCUUAUAUGGUGUUCAGCUGAGAAUUGCCAAAGAUCAGACGUAUUCCAGCUACUUGCCAACAACAUCUCAGCCCUUGGGACUGCUCCUUGGCAAGCCAGUGUAUCUCGAACUGCGCCUGAAAUCUCCAAAACCAGAUGCGGUCAUUCUUGUCAACUACUGUUUAGCUUACCCUCGCUCUGCAAAUAAUGCUCUGGUGCUCAUUUAUGAAGGGUGUGCCAAUCCUUACGAUAAGACCGUGUCCAUCCUUAAAAUUGCUGGCAAUCCAAAAAAUCGCCACCAAAGGCGCUUCUCAGUUAGUGCCUUCCAGUUCAUGGAGCAAAAGACGAACAAAUACCUUGAUGAAGAGAUCUAUUUCAUGUGCUCCGCAGAAGUUUGUAGGCCAACAGAAAAGGCUUGUCCUCAACGUUGCUUUGAUGGAAAGGCACCAUAAGGAUUUGGAGACAGCAAGAAAACAUGUUAUUAAACUGAAAAUAAACAG